AUGAGUUUAAUGACGACAGUACCGGCAACGAAAGUCGACGAUGUUAUUAGACAACUAUUUGACGAGUACAUUCAGAUACACCCCAUCAACAACGAAUACUUGGUCAAGUCAAAAGACGACACCAAGAGUCACAUACUACAACAAUGGUUCAAUUUGCGCAAUUUACCCAUAAUUGGCCGACUUAUACCGGAGAUUGACGAGAAAACAAAGCUAAUCAAUGAGUUACUUGAAUAUCAAAAGACAACAACCACAUAUCGCGAAUGGUAUACGACAUCCUUACGAUUAGACGAAUUAUUGGGAAAUAAUACUUGGAAAUCGGAUCCUCAAUCGGAUAUUUACGAUUACAAUUUAAUUUAUAAACAUUUGAAUGCCAUGAAGCAGGCACGAUUGAACAAUGAUUAUAAAUUGUUGUUAUAUUAUGUUCGUACUACUUGGGUACGAAAUUUGGGUAAUAUGGGAGAUUCGAAUUUAUAUCGUCAUUCGUAUGUAGGGACCAAGAAAUUGAUUGAAGAAUAUAUUCAAGAGUGUCUAGUGUCACUAAACUAUCUUGUUGAAGAAGGCAAGGAUGGCAAUAUUGAUUUGGACGAUCGAUAUUUGUUGGGGAUGUUGAUCCAAACCCGGAAAAAUAUCGGGAGAACAGCAUUGGUGUUAUCGGGUGGAAGUACCUUUGGAAUAUUUCAUAUUGGAGUAUUAGCAACUUUAUUCGAGGCUAAUUUAUUACCAAGGAUAAUCAGUGGUUCAUCUGCGGGGUCGAUCAUGGCGAGUAUUAUAUGUUCUCAUACGCACGAGGAGACAAUUGAAUUGUUGCAAACUAUAGCUAAUCGACAAUUUAACAUCUUUGACAUUACCGAACACGUUGAUACUGCCAGUAAGUUUAAAAAAGUGCUUUUAUUUCUUGGACAUUUGAUUAAAUACGGCACUGUUUAUGACAUUGAAGGGUUACAAGAUACCAUGAUUGGGUUUCUUGGUGAAUUGACAUUUAGAGAAGCUUAUAAUCGUACGGGUAAAAUUUUAAACAUUACUGUGUCCCCAGCAUCUAUCCAUGAACAAACGCGAUUAUUGAAUUAUAUCACUGCUCCCAAUUGUUUAAUUUGGUCAGCUGUUUGUGCUAGUUGUUCAUUACCAGGAGUAUUUCCAUCGAGCUCGGUUUAUGAAAAGAAUCCCAAGACUAAUGAAGUACAUGAAUGGAAUAACGAUGAGUCGAUGAAAUUUAUGGAUGGGUCGGUCGAUAAUGAUUUGCCAAUAACGCGAUUGCUGGAAAUGUUUAAUGUUGAUCAUAUCAUUGCCGUGCAGGUGAACCCGCAUGUUGUACCCGUGCUUCGAGUAUCGAUAAGCAAUGUUGGUGGUGAUGUUGAAAAUGAACUAAGUUUUAAAUUGAAACAAAGUUUGAAUAAUGUGUACGACUUUGUUGUUUCUGAAGCCAUCCAUUAUUUGCAAUUACUCAAUGAGAUGGAUAUUUACAAGAAUCUAGCUAACAAGACGGUGUCAUUGUUAUCACAGCGAUAUUCCGGGGAUAUUACUAUAUUGCCCGAAUACAAAUGGCAAGACUUUCUCAAGAUUUUAACUAACCCCAGCCAUGAGUUUUUAUUGGAGUUUAUAUGUCGUGGGGCAAAAGCAUCCUGGCCCAAGAUGAGUUUAAUUGAGAAUCACUGUCGAGUUGAGUUUGCUCUUGAUAAGGCAAUAUCGGUGUUGCGGGGUAGAAUAGUGACAUCGGGAAAUUAUCGUUUAACUAACUCGCCAACAGCAAUGACUAGCGGGAAUUCCAAUGCCAAUGCUGCAGUAUCAGCGGCAGCAGCAGCAGCAGCAGCAGCGAUAACCUCAGGCUCGGAAGGUAACAAUAGUAAUAAGGUUGGGAGUGGUGCUAUUGUAAGACAUGGUGUAAAUGGAGAUGGCGAUACAGAUAUGGAUAUGGAUACCGACCCUGAUGCCGAUGCUGAUGCUAAUGCCGAUGCCGAUGCAUCCGUAGCCACUACCCCAUUGGCUACGGUGACAAGAACGCCACCCCGAGUGUUGAGAUCACUGGAAGGACGACAAGUUAGACAAACCAUACGUAAAUCGAAGUCAUCAAACUUGAUAAAUUCUACUAGGUAUUAUAGGGAGAGGAAUGGAGAUGGCUAUAAUUACAUCAACAAUAGUAAUAGUAACAUUCUUAAUGGUAAUGGGGGUAGUGAUGGCAGUGGCGGUGGCAGUGGUAGCGGUCGUGGUGGUGGCAGUAACAGUUUUAGUCACGGUGAAGAACGAGCCAAUCUACCAUCUAGAUCUAGGUCGUUGAAGAAUUCGUAUAUUGGGUUGAAUAGAUUGAAUGAUGAUGACCAAUAG